AUGAAGAUCCUCGUCCCGCUGCUCCGAACCGCCCAGGAGGCUAAGGACCUCGUCCAGGCCGCCAAGUUUCCGCCGUGGGGACGCCGGGGUUUCGGGUCGCCGUUGGCCAUGGAGCGGUUCAACCCGGCGCCGAGCAUGACCGAGUACCUCCAGCAGGCCAACGACAGCCUGCUGACAAUGGUUCAGAUCGAGACCAAGGAGGCGCUGGAGUCCAUCGAGGACAUCGCGGCGGUUGAGGGCAUCGAUGUCCUCUUCAUCGGGCCCUUUGAUCUUGGAAACAACAUCGGCCACCCGGUGAUCAACGGCAUCAUCAAAAAGGAGUUGAGCGAUGCUAUCGACCGUGUCCUUGAGGCGACGCACAAGGCGGGCAAGAAGGCGGGCAUCUUCUGCACCAGCGGCGAGCAGUCCAAGGCCUUCGCGGACAAGGGUUUCGACAUGAUUAGCGUUGCGACGGAUUACACAGCAUUGCAGUUCACCUUGUCGGAGUCAUUGAGCGUUGCCAGGGGGGAGGCGAAGCCAGCCAAGGGUGGAUCGUACUGA